CUCUCUCUCUCUCUCCCAAAUCGUCGAUCUGUUUCUCACUCAUCAUCUCCCCAAACCCUAGACCCUUCCGGUCCUUCUCCGUCCCAAUUUGGCUAUUCGACUCCUCGGUGCCUUCGAUUUUCUCUCCCUGUAGAAAUUUUCCUUUCCGUUUUCCUCGUGAGACUUCGUCUUCUUCGGAUCGGUGACGUCUGUAAGGGGGAUUUCGUCGGAGGUUGAAGGGGAGAGGAAUCUUCUGGAGGGAACAAACAUGGCGACUUCGACGAGCGCCGUCUACGUCAGCGUUAUCGAGGAUGUCAUCAGCAAGGUCCGCGACGAGUUCAUCAACAACGGCCCUGGAGAAGACGUUCUCAAGGAGCUUCAAGGAAUGUGGGAGGCGAAAAUGAUGCACGCGGGUGUAGUAAAUUCUCCCAUAGAGAGGUCCGGGGCAGCAAAGCCCACACCUGGUGGUCCAAUCACCCCAGUUCAUGAUCUUAAUGUACCCUAUGAGGGGACCGAGGAGUACGAAACUCCAACAGCCGAUAUGCUUUUUCCUCCGACACCGUUGCAGACUCCCAUUCAAACACCUUUACCGGGAACUGCAGACAUUUAUAAUAUUCCCACUGGGCCUACUGACUAUCCUGCGUCUGGAAAUGAGACCCCUAGUGGCGGCGGCGGUGGCGGAGGUGGCGGUGGUAAUACUGAUAUGAAAGGUGGAAGACCUAGCCCAUACAUGCAACCUCCUUCCCCUUGGAUGAGCCAGCGGCCUUCACUUGAUGUCAACAUUGCUUAUGUGGAAGGGCGGGAUGAGGUGGACAGAGGGACCUCUCAUCAACCCCCCACACAGGACUUCUUCAUGCCGCCUUCCGGCAAGAGAAAACGUGAUGAACUGCCUUCGCAGUAUCAAGCUGGUGGAUUUCUCCCCCAACAAGACGGAGCUGGAGAUGUUGCCCCUGAAGUUUUUGAGAUUGAGGUAAUUGGAGGAAGCACUUCAGAUGGCACACGUGGAAAUAGUGAGAUAUUGGCAAGUGUAUUGGGGGUAUCCUCAAAGAUUCCUCAACUUGAUGGGCCCAUUCCUGAUCCUUAUGAUGAUGUACUUUCUACUCCCAAUAUAUACAACUAUCAAGGAGUCUUCAAUGAAGAUUACAACAUAGCAAACACACCUGCUCCGAAUGACCUUCCAGCUGGCACUCCUGCUAUUCCUGCUCCAAAUGAUGUUGGAGAGGAUGAUGAUGAUGAGCCCCCGUUGAAUGAAAAUGAUGACGAUGAGUUGGAUGAUAUAGACCAAGGAGAGGAGCUAAACACACAACAUUUAGUUUUGGCUCAGUUCGACAAGGUAACCCGCACCAAGAGCAGGUGGAAAUGCACGCUGAAGGAUGGCAUUAUGCGCAUAAACAAUAAGGAUAUUCUCUUUAAUAAGGCAACGGGGGAAUUUGACUUCUGAUUUGCCUGAGAAUUAUCUAUUUUGCAAAUUUAGUGGCAGUGGCCUAAGAAGAGCAAGUCAAGAGGUGCCGUCGGGUGUUUCGUGAAUUUUCCUUAUUGAUUAUUAUUAAGUGAAAGCUUGAGGGAAAAGAACAGCAUGCUUAGUACUUAAAAAAAAAAAAAAAAGAUGGGACUGGACGUUGGCUUGUUGUACAUAACGGAUGAGAGCGUUUUCGGCCUUAAAAAUGGAUGGUCGCUCGAGGCAUUUCUAGAUGUUGCAAUUCUGUAGUGGAAUAUAUGAUUCCAUCGACUUUGUAUACUUGGACCUUUUUUUUGGUUAAUUUAUGAAUUUGAAUUAGUUAUCUCUAUUUUA